UUCUACAGCCCAAUGCAUCCACCGCAAUUUGCUCUCCCGUAAACUCAGCCUCCUUUUGCGUUGCACAUCUCACCCUCCCUCCUAUUCUUAUCUGCCGCCGCCUUGGAUCGAGCUCCGGCAUGGGAGACGACUCGAUGCCUGCCACCACGCCGCUCCUAGAGGGCGCCGCCGCACGCCAGCAGUGCCUCGAUAGAACCCGCCGCCGGCUGUGCCCAGCCAGUCUCCUCUGAUCAUCCACAUCAGCUUCGCCAAGCCGUGGCUACCCUCCACACCCCACCCCGCGCCGUUGCAGGGCCACCAAGAAGCUCGCUGCUACCCGUCGGGCAACCCCUCCCCCAGCAGGCAUGGCGCCUCCUCUUCUCCAUUGACCCCCUCCAUAUUCCACUUGCUAGCGCGGCGAUCCAUACCACAGUGCGCGGGUCUCACACACCACAAGAAACAAGAUGGAGUGACCAUCACAGUGAUUAACGACGAUGCAGGCACAACCCCACGCGAAUGAGAGAAGGCGUCCUACCCGCGGCAUACUGCAGGAGCCCAAUCUUUCCUGUCGCACUGCCAUGAAGACCCCUGCCGUUGUCCUCACCGGUGCAUCCAUUCCAUCUAAUAAUUGGGAGCCUAAUGCAGGGGUCAUUCUUUCAUGCGACAACUAUCAUGUACCUGGUCAAGAGGCAGAGCAAUGUGAGGAUAAUUUCAAAAGAGCAUACGCUCAUCUAUCAGAGACUGGUCCAACUGAGAUAAGAAGCAAAUCAUCUGGAGCCAAAACACCUGAUGGCAGAUCAAUCAGCUUCAGAACAGACAGGUAACCAUUUUUUCUGUUGCAUUCAUCUGACAUUGUAGAAUAUAGUAUGAUUACACCAAGGCAGAUAUUAUAAGCCCAGAUGCUCCAGAUGGGUCUGCUUAUUGGGAAUUGUAUCCAGAAUGUCAUUCCUUUGUAGUUAAUAGUAUUUUUGCUGACAUGCAGCACUAAUAAGAGCAUAUGUUGUCUUAUCCUUUUGUUGCUUCCUGUGCAACCGGUGAACAUGACACCACAAUUAGCAUGGACAUUUCUGAAACAUAUUUACAGCAUUAACAACACAUGUCCUCCAAGGAACAAAAUUACAUAUCAACAUUCAAUUCACACAUCUGGAAAUAAAAGGGAGAAAUUCUGCUGUGAAUAGUAGCUACUAUUCACAGCACAAUUUGAAAUCAGCUACUAUUCGCAGUGCACAUUGUCUUUUUUGUUUCUCAAGUGUGCAUUGAAUUCAGAUUUUGACUUGUUACUUGGUAGGCGCAUCUUUUGUUAACGUUUUUUUAAUUGAGGGGCAUGCCCCCAAUUUCAUUUCAUUGCAUGAAAGGAAACCAAUAAACAAAGUGAGUAGUCUUAGAUUCCAUCCAGCCCAGAUGUCCUACCGUGACAUCCAGGCAUCAACAACUAGACAGCCAAGAGAAUAAAGCUUGAAACUAAAAAAAA